CUCCGGAUUUUUCACUCUACCAUAACUAUUACCAGAACCAUAACUAACCAUAACCAGAACUCUACCAGUAUGAGCAGUAGUGAGUCUGAAUUGGAGGACUCGUAUAAUGAUCCUGAAUUAGGAGAUUUCAUUGUGGAUGAUGACCCAAAUGAAGUAGAGACGGAGAAGCAGAAACAGAUUCCGACGGAACACCCACCAAUCGAUAGAAUUACUCAAAUGACAUCUCAAUUAAAACCCAAUGAAACUCAAACUAGAAAGUUACUAAAGGCUCAUAUAGCCGUAUUGGUAUCUGCCCUUGGAGGUAUCGAUCAUACUUCAACUCAAUCGCCUCCACCAUACAAAUUAGGUCAUGAUGCUCUAGCAUGUUUAAAAGAUUUAAGAAGAUGGAUUAAGUCAGUUGAUGAAACUAAUAAUACUUAUGACGUAGCACUUGCAUGUGCCGAGUCUGGAUUAGUCAUUAAUGACUUAAUUGUAAUCUUAUGUCAAUGGGAAAAUCAAAGCCGAGCUAAACAACCUAUAAAGAAUAUAAGAACUACUGAAAGAAUCAUGUUAGCUUGUUUAGAAUUAUUAGUAUUACUUACAUGGCCAGUGGAAUUAAAUGAUGAGCUGUCAGUGAAUCAGAAAUUAUUAUAUUCCGAUAUUAAAAAGCAUCAAUUAUUAUACAAAAAAGCCCUUUUAUCGGUGAAUAAUGGUCAAACUUUGAAGGCAGUAUUAAGACUAGCUUUACCUACAUUAGCUAAGGAUAAAUCAGAUAGAGAACCUCGAGAUAAUGCAGUAUUAAGAUUAGUCUUGUUCUUUUUCAGAAAUGUCUUAUUUAUAGAACCAGCUAGAUCUUCAUUUGCUUCUAAGAAUUCAAGUGUAAAGGCUCCUACUUUAGUAGAUAAUUUACCUUCGGGGAUAACGCUCGAUGAUAUUUCUAUAAAUGUCGUAUUAUCAACGUUUAAAAAGCAUAAAGUAUUGAUGUUUUUAUUGACUAUCUCCAAUCUAAUUGGUUCGGAGUUUGAUAAGGAACUCUUUGGGCCGGUGUGUAUCGAAAGUGUUUAUUUGCUAUUGAGGGGGGUCAAUCCGUCGGACCUUUUACACCACAAGUAUAACAUCACCAGUACGAGUAACAGUAACAGUACCAAUGCAUCUACCAAUGCUUCUACUUCCACCACAUCAGGUAUGCAAUUACAGAACUUACUACAGAAAGAAGCCGACAAAUCCAAAGCCCAUUCUCAGAACUUAUCUACUCGUCAUGGAAGAUUCGGUACCUUACUUUCCAUCCGAGGAGGAGACUCUAAUGGAUAUGUAGUCUCAGGACAAGAGGCUCUUCGAGAUAUGGGAGCCACUCUUGAUAAACUUGAUAAGUCCAAGAAAUGGAAGAAUAGAAAUACUUUUAAGUAUGAUUCCGAUGAAUUCAUUAGCUCUAAGACGGACUACUUAACUACUACUGGUAAUGAAUUACUCUAUGCAUUUGUUAAUGACUUUUUAGUAGGAGGAUGUUUCAAUAAUCUUAUUGAAUCUGUUGGAUCGAUCUUAACAUCCAAUUCAUCGGACUUUUCUGCCGUUAAUGAGUAUGAAAAGGCCGUCUACUUCUUAAUGAUUGCCUGGUUUUUCCAUUUCAAACGGGAAAGAAAUACCCUUUAUAGUAAAGGGUUGAUUAGUGAAACAGUGGCGGACGAUAAUGAUGGUGUAGAUAAGUUUAAUUAUGGAUCGGUCGGAGCAGGCUUGAGUGAAGUCAACUUUAUAUUGAUCAUUAGUUAUUUCCGAUCCUCGUAUGAUCUCCGACUCUGGAGUUCAUUGCAUGUGGCCAUGGCCUGUUUUCGAGAGUUGCUUCUCAUCUCUCAUGCCUCCUUUGCCAAACUGAAGCAACAGCAACAGCAACAAGAACCAGCAGACGAUGAACAAGAUGAUAUCGAUCGAGAAUUGGCCGAGGGAAUCAUUCGGAAACUCUUCUCGUUCAAUUUCUUCAUCAACCUAAUCAUCCAGGUCUUACACACUGCGUCUAACCAUUCUCCUGAUUACUUAAGUGUGUGUGUCUCAGUAAUUCAUAUCCUACUCAAGUCCUUUGAAGGAUUUGCCAAUGAGGAUAUAAAGAUAUACGUACAACAUAAACGGAGACAAUCGAAAAGAAAUAAGAAGAGUAUUAAUAAUCUUGAUAAAGAAACCGAAAAUCAGCUUCGAGAUAUCAUAGAUGGAUCUGAUGAAGAAGAAGCCAAUGAAAGAAUUCAGGAGAUCUCUAAGGAGAGACAGUUGGAUUUCAAACAAACCGAAUUAAGAUUCUUUCAUACUUCGAUCAUUAGUACUUAUAUUGAGUAUCUAUCACGAUAUGAAGACUUAACUCAUGAAGAUAUUAAACGAUGUAUAUCAUAUUUCCAUCGAUUAUUUGUAAUUCGAAAGGAUUUCGGAGGUCUAUAUCGGUUGGACUUUAUGCAAACUCUUCAAAGACUUCGGAAUUACUUACCUAAACAUUCGAGUGUUCGGAAUCAUGUGGAUGAGUUUAUCUAUUACUUUAUGAAACGAUUCAAGUUGGCACUCAGUCGAUUUCCUAAUUCGAUUGAAUUACUCUUUCCGAGAUUUGAAGAAAUCGGAUUUAAAACUUACUUGACGACGGGAGAAUUACAUAUAAAGGAAGAUAAACAUCAUAGAUCCACUAGUAUUAAAGUGGGCCGAGAGUUGGAAUUCACAAGAGAUAACUUUUCUGAUGAUGAAAAGAUUAAGAUCUUAGUGACGGCCAUCUAUGAUAUAGAAACUAUCAGACCAUUUCUUUCAUGGUAUGUUCUUCAGCUUAAGUCCAUUGUUCAACAGCGACUUGUUUCCGAUACCGAUACUGUCUAUUCCCUUAAUCAGAGUAAGUUUGAUAAGUUCAUCCUUGAGAACUCUUACGUCCGACUCCUCUUAUACUUGACAGGAUUCGAAGUACCACUUAUAGUUGAUCAGCCAUGUAAGUUAAAGGCAUCGAUUGAAUCAAGUGCAUUGACAGAGAAGAUUGCCUUGAUUGAGAAAUGGAUACAGCAGCAACCAGCCAUGUUUGAGGAUAAUAAGGAUCCGUCGUACUUUGUCAGACAGAAGGAAUGGGCAGACGAUGAGUAUGAUGAAGAGGUUGAUGAACAGUAUGAUGGUGAUGGUUAUGGAGAUGAUGAUGAUGAACCUAUUGCCUUUGAAACUCGUGCUGAUCCCAAUGCUGAUCGAACCAAUGCCCAUGAGUUGGAUACUCUUGAUGAGUUGGAACGGUCCUUACAAGCCAGUCAGGGUAGUGGUAGUCAGAGAGGCAGAGGUUCUAAAGGUAAAGCAUUGAAGAAGAAGCAACAGAAACAGAAACAGAAACAGACCACCACCAAAAGGAAGUCAGCUACUCAUCAUCGUCGUAGACCACCCAGAUCUCUUGGUAUAGAAUCAGGUGAUGAAGCUCCGUUAAAGUCUAGUGAAUUUGUUCAUGAUUCUGAUGAUGAAUCUGACGAUGAAAAGGUGCAAGAAUUCUUCACUAGAGAAGAGAGAUUACGGAGAAUGUUAUCUGAGUCUGGAGGGAUUGUCAAUCCUCAACAAUUGGAUGAAUUUAAGAAGGUGUGGCAGCAAUUGGAGACUGGUAGUGGUAGUGCACCUCGAGUAGCGUUAGAGAGACUGAGAUCUUCAUUAUUUGUAGAGAGUUUACAUGAGGAUGACAAUGACAAUGAUGAUGAAGCAGAUCAACCGAGUGCUCCCAGCUCACAGAUGAUGCAGAGUGACUCUGAGACUGAGAGAGUAGUCGAUGAGAAUUCUCAGACGUCUGAAGAGGAUGACACAGUAACUAAGCCUAGUAAGAGACAAAGAGGUACUAUUGAUAGUGAGGAAGAAGAUGAAGAUGAGGAUACAUUUGUUAGUGCGUCUGAGGCACCUACUAGAAAGAGAAGAUUAGUAAUUGAUGAUGAGGAUGAAUAGAAUAUGUUGUUAGUACAGAAUAUAUGUUAGUACAGAAUAUAUGUUAG